GGUAACCUCUGUCUAAACCGACGCCAUUUUUUAUCUGCGAUAUAUUUUGGAUAGGUCAAAACGAAGUUCCUUUCUCUUUCAAACUUAUGUAUCACAGUUUUGAUCGAGUGAUUUGUUGACUAGCCAUAGCGAGAAUGAGUUACCACAACGUCGUUCAUGUUGCUCACCAAUCUAAUGAUCCCCCACCAGGGUAUCCAUCGGAUUAUCCUCAACGGCCUGAUUUUCUUCCACCGCAGCAGCCGGGGUUUCCAAACCCUUAUGAGUAUCCUGGCCCUCCUCCGCCUCAACCACCGCAUCAACACCAUCAGCGCUAUCAGGAUUACUUCUAUGAAGGCUACUCGCCGCCGCAUUCAGCUCAGCCCUUCAACCGCCAGCAUUACCAGAACAAUCCAUACGAGUAUGACAAUGGCUGCUCUGCUUUCCUCAAUACUUGUUUGGGUGCACUCUGCUGCUGCUGCAUUUUGGAGCGCUGCUGCUGCUUGUGGUAAUUGUCUUUGAAGCCUCUCCACUGCCCACAAGUAUCAUAUGAUUCUGCAAAGACUUUGUUCUGCCCUUCCGAAUCAAUGUAUGAUUCGAGAGCAUCAACAUCAAUUCUGUGUAGGAUUUGGAUCAUAAAUGUUUCACUGUUUCUUAAUACAUGUUUUGCAUCUAUCGUGUAUAUCACUGAACUGUAUAGUUGAUGUUGGCACAUAAACUUGUGGAGAUUUCCACAUCUUUUUAGACUUCUUCAUCCCUUUCGAUCAUAUGGUCUGGUCUCACUU